AUGUCCCCACCCCAAAUCCCAGACACGCAGUGGGCGCAGGUAAUUGAAAAGAAAGGCGGACCACCUGUGUACAAACAAAUCCCCGUCCCCAAGCCUGGCCCAGACGAAGUCCUCAUCAAAAUCAAAUACACCGGCGUAUGCCACACUGACUUGCACGCCCUGAACGGCGACUGGCCACUCCCAUUAAAGCCCUAUCCACUUGUGGGCGGGCACGAAGGCGCCGGCAUCGUUGUCGCCAAAGGUGAGCUGGCGCAGGGCAUCGAGAUCGGCGACCAUGCCGGCAUCAAAUGGCUGAAUGGAUCGUGUCUCGCUUGCGAGUUCUGCAAGACUUCCGAUGAGCCGCUCUGCCCCGACGCCCAGCUGUCCGGAUACACCGUCGACGGCACCUUCCAGCAGUAUGCUGUUGGCAAGGCUGCUCAUGUAUCCAACUUGCCCAAGGAUGUCCCGCUUGAUGGUGUUGCGCCUAUCCUGUGUGCUGGUAUUACGGUUUACAAGGGUCUCAAGGAGUCUGGUGCGCGUCCUGGCCAGACUGUUGCUAUAGUUGGUGCUGGUGGUGGUCUUGGAUCGCUUGCGCAGCAGUAUGCUAAGGCCAUGGGACUGCGGGUCAUUGCUAUUGACGGCGGCGAAGAAAAGCGGGCUAUGUGCGAGAAGCUCGGCGCUGAGGCCUACGUCGACUUCACCCAGACGAAGGACCUUGUUGCGGAUGUGAAGGCUGCUACGCCUGGGGGCCUGGGCGCCCACGCUGUUCUUCUGCUCGCUGUUUCAGAAAAGCCAUUCCAGCAGGCUGUUGAAUAUGCCCGCUCUCGCGGCACCAUUGUUGCCAUCGGAUUGCCCGCCGGUGCAUCCCUCAAGGCCCCUGUUUUCGACACCGUCGUCAAGAUGAUCAACAUCAAGGGCAGUUACGUCGGUAACCGCCAGGAUGGCGUUGAGGCCGUUGACUUUUAUGCUCGUGGAUUGAUCAAAGCGCCUUUCAAGACUGUUCCUCUCAAAGAGCUGCCAGAGGUUUUCAAGCUUAUGGAACAAGGCAAGAUUGCUGGCCGCUACGUCCUCGAAAUGCCGGAGUAG